AUGCCCAAGGCAUCUAACAAACUCGGAUCCACGGGCACGUUUGCGUGUGACAACUCCAGUGUACCUGUACGCGAACUGGGGUUUGUUACUGACAGUGUCAGUGGCUCCUCGAUGGGGACAAGCGGCGAAGCACCUCUGGAAGAAUCCUCGUCGCAUACUCUCGCGGAGUUCAAGCUUAAAGUACUCAUUUUUGUGGGCCUGACACUGUUGGUAACCCUAUAA